UGCGUGGGGGGCAAGAGGGGCGGUGUUUUCUCAAACCACAGACAACAAAACAAAACAACAGGUCGGCGGCGAUUGACAAUUUCCUGAAGAGAGGUCGGCCUUAUCACUCCCAAAUCUCUCUUCAAAGUGUCCCUAUCUGCAGUGAACCCAAGUCGUGUGAAUCCGUUCCAUGCACACAUAAUGGAAUAACUAAGUUACCUGGGAGAGAAUCCGGAACGAAGCCUUAUGCGGUGCGCUUCACCACUCCGAUAGUGACCGACGUCCUCUUGGAAAGCGAUUUAUACCAAAUAUUUCAGGUAUGAUUCAGAGGAAGGAGGUGAUACUCUCAGUCCUAGAGGAGCUGCAGGAUGCCACAGAGAGCUCCGGCCUGCACGCCCUCACCAGGGUAGCUCUGGAGGUCCACCAGGUACUGACCCCCUUCACCCUGCCCUCCUCCCCCUGCCAGGAGUUCCCCGGCUGGGCAGGCAUCGACGGCGUGGCCCAUAGCCUGUACCCUGCUGACGCCCCCGGAGGCCUCCUGCCUCUGGCCUGUAAGGGAGAGGGGAACCUGUUGUUUGAUACAGCCAGCAUGCUGCUAGUGGGGACGACUAGUCUCAGUCUGGAGCUGCAGGUACGUACGGUGGUGGAGAUGCUGCUGUGGAAGAGAUACUAUCUGAGCGGUAUGAUCGACUCGAAGGUGAUGCUGCAGGCGGCCAGGUUCAGCCUGUGUGCCGAGGAGUCCCAGGACAUGCUCAACCUCCCCCUUUCAGUCCUCGAAGCGAUCUUCGACGCCGACGUCAAAGCCUCCUGCUUCUCCGGCUCCUACGCCAACAUGUGGCACCUCUAUGCUCUUUCCUCCGUCCUCCAGUGCAACAUCUAUUCUGUCUACCCCAUGUACAACCUCAAGAUACGACCCUACUUCAACCGCCUGAUAAGACCCAGGUCCUACCCCAAAGACAUGGAUCCUAUCACCUUGCACAUCAUGUGGUCCGGAGAGCUGGAGGGAGGCUCCUCCAGGUUCAGACCCACAGUCUUUGUAGCGUUAGUCCAUUCUAGUGACCUCCGGACGGGGAGUCCUUACGACGAGCAGAGGGUCCCCCCUCUGAAGACCCAGGAGCUUCUCAAGCAGGACUCUCUCCUGUCCUACUCCAGUCUGAAGGACAAGUACAACGUCACCAAGAGUACCUUCUACCGCUGGAGACGGCAGACGCAGGAGCACCGUUUAAGAUCUGCUGCCAGGUACGAGGCCAAACACUUCCUCCAAGCGUGCUAUCUGGAAGGGAAGCUCAUCCCUCUGCAUCAGUUCAAAGAGUUCUUCCCUGAGAUCUCCAGAUCCACCUACUAUGCAUGGAAGCACGAGCUGAUCUCAUCCGGCGGUAAUUUCUCCACGUUCUCUACGAGCGAGGUGAGUCCAGGGGACAGCACGGCGCAGGAGUCCUGGUCCUCUCCAGAGUACAAGCUCGGGCAGGAGGAAGACCAUGAGGAAGAGCAUGAGGCCAGAGAGCAUCACAACAGCGUGGCCAGUCUGUUCGGCCUGAACUACAACGAUGAUCAGAUGGAUGGAGAACGGGCCCAAAACAUGGCUGUGAUGCAGGAGGCCAAGAAGGUUCUUCAGAACUGCAUCGCUAGGAAUACAUCGUUCCCCUUCCGCAUCUUCAAGAGGAGCUUCCCAGGGAUCUCCAGGUCUACUUAUUACAACUGGAGGAGAGAGGCCAUGCUGUUUAACCGAGGCUACAAGGUCGGAAGCAGUGAAAACAGCUUGGACACGGAUAAGAGUAGUCCAACUGGUGGUCUGUCCCCUAUCGGGGGGACUGAGAGCCAUGGUCAUGCUGCCACGGUUUUCCCCAGAGUUAAGAUCUGUAGAAACAACCAGAAAGGGUUCCGGAUGGUGUUCCUACGCAGGAAGAAGCUGAGAGAAGCUGCCAAGGUGAAGGUGUGGAGGUCAAAAUGGCCUCUGUCUAGGUUCAGAGUGAUGUACCCCUCCCUGUCCCUCUGUUUCUAUUGGCUGUGGCGUAACGGCCCCAGUGGAACCAGGAAGGAGGAAACCACCACCCCGUCUCUAGAGGUGGACCGUUCUGAGAUGAUUAUGGAGAACAACAACGCAGUGAAAGAGAAUGGGAUGAUGAUGAUGAUGGCAGAGAGUGACAUAAAGACAAAAGCUCCAAUGCAGGACGUGUUCUCCUUUGAGGGGGACCCGACAGAGGAUCUGAGAGCCCCCGUCACCAUGACCUCUGUGACAUCCCCCCUCCCCAACCCAACCAAUAUGUCCGCCACCACAGACGACCAGAUGUUUGUGAUGGAUCUGGUGGCCCUGGCUAACUUCAAGGCCAAGGCCAAACUGUUCCUCCAGAAACGCUUCGAGGAGAAGUCCUUCCCCACCUUCAAAGAGUUCAGGUCCUUCUUCCCCCUGACUCCCCGUUCCACCUACUAUAUGUGGAAGAGAGCCCUGCAUCACGGAGUGCCACUGAGUCUUUACUUCGUCGUGAUUUAUAUAGCAAUAGAUGCUACGCCGAGCAGUCCUAAAGCAUGGUAGAACAUCAAUGAAUCAACCACCCACUCAAACUUGUGCCUGCGAGUCAUCCAAUCACACAGCUUCCACUUGUGCCUGCGAGUCAUCCAAUCACACAGCUUCCACUUGUGCCUGCGAGUCAUCCAAUCACACAGCUUCCACUUGUGCCUGCGAGUCAUCCAAUCACACAGCUUCUAACUCCAUUCCUGGCAGCACGUUAUCAUGCUUUUUAUAAAGUUUAGACGAGUCUCCAUUUUUUAAUUCCGUUGUAAUUGUCCCCGUUCGCUUUAAGGAGACCAUUUUGUGUAGGUCUUCUAGAGGCAUCGACCGUGUUUUGGUACACAGUAAUCAAAACACAGUGAUUUACGUUGGUCUGCUGCAACAGGGGUAUGUUAUUUUCUAGAAAUGAGCUUUUCUCAUCAAUGAAAGUUGAAGAGGAGGCAGUGAGUGUGCUACACAUUACAUUUUAGCUUUAAAACAGUUGCUAUCAGCAUGUGUUUUAUCAAGUAACAUGUAUGAGAGGGGCUACUAACUACCCCCUCGCAUACAAAUAUAACAGUACAGACUUACUUUACGACAACUCGCCAGGCUUCAAUUUGAUAAGCAAAAAUGCAAAUAAGUUGGCCUACAUGUGGUAAAAAUCAAAUUGUGACUGAAAACAUGGGUAUAAUAUAUGUGAAUUCACUGCCAAGUUGUGACAAAA